UCGAAUGAUUCAGCAAGUUUGAUAAUCUCACGGCUCCCGCGAUUUUAACCCUUGUUAUCGCAGUCGCCAGCGACGUUCUAGCGAAGAAAGGACGCAAUCCACAGCUCAAACAUGCCUACCUACAAGCUGAGAUAUUUCAACGCCCGUGGGUUCGGCGAGGUGUCUCGCCUUCUGUUUGCCUUGGCAGGACAGGAAUAUGAAGAUGUGCGAUUCACACAGGAGACGUGGCCUGCGGAGAAACCGAACACUCCACUCGGACAGAUGCCUGUGCUUGACGUUGACGGACAGUCGUUCGGUCAGAGCAGCGCUAUUUCCAGGUUCCUCGCGAGGCGAUUCAAUUUCUAUGGUCAGGGGGAUAUCCAAGCCCUUCAAGUGGACCAGGUUCUAGGAAUAGUCCAGGACAUAAUAAAUGGCAUGAUCAAAGCCUUUUAUGAGAAGGAUGAAGAAAGGAAGGCCCAGUUUAUGAAGGAAAACAAAGAAGAAAAGUUGCCUUUGUAUUUUGGGAUGUUGGAGAAGCUUCUGGAGAGAAACGGCAGCUCAGGCUUCUUCGUUGGCAAUUCGUUUACCCUUGCUGACGUGUCUGUGUUUGAUAUCUACGACAAGGUCAAGUCCAUGGUCGAUUUGGACAAGUUCCCUCAGGUCAAGAAAAGCGUAGACAAAGUUGCUUCCAACCCUAAAAUUAAGACAUGGAUUGAAAAGAGGCCCCAAACGGAAAACUAGUCCCACGACAUCACAGAUCUUAUUCCGGCGCAGUGUAGGCGUGGCAUGACACCGAUGACACAGGCUAAUUUGCAUAUGUGACGUGACCUCACGUGUCUCUUGUUUGUAAAGAAACGCGGUUAUUCUGAAAACAACAGAUUGGCCUAAUGCAAGCCUUUUGGCGCGCUUUACAUAUUGCUUUGCAUAGUUAUAUAGAUAUCUUACUAAAACUGCGACAGUAAGGUGAUUGACAAUAUAUCUUUGUACAUCAAAGUGGCGGUAUCACUGGCUCUCCGUAGUGCUUCGAUGACAGCACUUGGAGCCGUUCAACCAAUGUAAAGGAUAACUACGCAAAUGGAAAUUGUUUUUGACGUUUUAGGACAUUUUCUAAAUAAAAGUUAACCAUUCGAUGACAUACGGUUAUCUAGAUGUGUAGACGUAACAAAAAUGAAUAACAUGCAAUAUCUCCGAUGGACUGUGUAAGAUGUGUCGAAUCGUCACAUGGCGCUGGCCUGUGGCAGAGGUGCUAUGCUGGCCGCAUGGAACUCUGGGUAGGAGAGUGAUCAUAGACAAUAAAGAAAUAUUUGUAUCGUAUAUUCAUUUGUUAUACACAAAGCUUUGACGAAGUCCAACAGCCGAUCUGCAAGCGUGUUUCGUGUCUCUGUCACAAUCACAUAUUUUUGGCAAAUAUUUCACGUUCAUUGAUCAAAUAAAACUCGUCGUGUUUCAGUAAGCUUAAGUUUAAAAGUUUUUCUGUCACGAACAUUUACCCGUGUAGUUGCCACACUAUAUGUACGUUUCAGACGGAACUUACGGAACUUUACGAAUAAAGUUUGUCAAAUCA